UCAGUUACUCAGUCUCAGUGUCUUGUCGGACGGGCUAGUGAGAGGGUCUAUCUAUACCACUUUUCCCAAUAUUCCUCCCCUUAUUUCUGUGUUUAUCCAAGACGAUCAAUUUAACCCAUCCCCUCAUAAUAUCCCCCCCAUCUUUGGAAUAUACGUAUAUAUAAUCCAUAAGUGCAUACGAGGAUAAUAUAAAAGUGAACGUGACUGCAGUUUUAUCAGGAUUUAAAGUGUAUCAACAACACAAGAUGUAUAUAAAAUGAUCCAACCGAGUUACUGUGACACCUUGCACCUGUACAAAGUUUCACUAGCGGACAAUGAACCGAUAGAAAACGCCUAAGAAAAUGAUGGCACGACACAAGCUAUGGCCGUUGAUGUGGGCGGCGCUGUGGGCGUCGAGAACGGCCGCACAGUAUAUAGGGGAGGAGAAACUGUCACCCAUCCAGCAAACAGCAGUUAUAGGGGGAGCAUCACGGGACCUGGACCAGAUAGGACCCAAGAUCUACACGGAGCGCACCAACACCACCCUUAACUGUGCCUCGGGUUACAUGUUGGUAGACGUUCAGUUUAAAGAUCCUUUCUACGGCAUCAUAUAUCCAAAUGGGUCGAGGAAUUCUGCCUGUCGCAUCCAGGGUCAAGGCAAGACCAAGUACCAUCUCGAACUGCCACUCAAGGGAUGCGGUACCAAUAGGGUGGAGAGACGAGUGUUCGUUAACAACAUCAUCGUCAGGUUCCACCCCGGUCUGGAGUUGGAGGGCGAUGAAGUCAAGACCAUCAUCUGCCGCUACCCAAGUCCUAAGGUCAUCAUUCCGCCUGGCCCGCCCGUCCCUGUCCCAAUCAUUGGUCGUGAAAUUACCCCGGCAGUCCCAGCGCCAUUAAGCGAGGUGGAGAUUCUGCUCAUCAUCUGUGCUAUAUUUUUCCUGGCGUUGCUGUUGGUGGGGAUGGCGUGCUCUUACACCUGCCUCAAGAAGCGCAACAUCAAAUUGGUGCGGCGGCGUCCCAUGUCACUGGGGGCGCCCUCGGACAUCACCAAGAUGUCAGGGUCGUCACUUAACUUUGACGGUGUCAAGAUUCCCCGAGCUCACGCUACCUCCACCACUGACUCUGACACUGCGCUCGUCUCACAGUCUGACACCAUUCCCUCUGACUACCCCUCUGAUCCCCCAUCCAGUGGAUCAGAAGGAGAAGAACUGGACAUGCGAUCUGUUGAACAUAGGUCUUCUGCAGCCUCUAUGCAUAUGCACGAAGAGAGGAUUCAGGCCUUCCAGAACCAGGCAUUCAUUAUGGAUGAAGACCGACUAUCUUCUGUGUACUCGGACGCCAUGAUGCAGAGUGAUGCAGAGUUGGUGACAGCGUCCCAGAUGAUCCGUCCACCACAGCCCACCUUUUUGGUGAGGGUCAAGCGGGCCCCAACACCUCCUAAGACUCCAGAGCCUGAUUACCCGGUACAGCUGGCUCAGUCUCAGUCCCUCACCACCAUCUUGGAGAGGGAUGAGAGCUUCCGAGCGGAGAGUCUACCAGGAUCAGAGCACGCACUCCUGGUGUCUGGGUCAGAGGCUGGGGACCUCAUCCCUCCUCCAGCCAUCAUACCCCCGCCGGAGUACGCUCUUUUACAUCGUAAGACGCUGGAAUACCAACUACGCCCACGACCUCCGCCUCCACCCUCCGAAUACAGUUCGGUAGCCAGGUCAGUAUCUGAACACGACCUGGAAGUGAACAUACGUGAGAACAUCCGACGAGAUCUCCGACACAUUGAAAACAUCGAAAAGCUAACGACUGAAACGACCGACGUUCAAGAAACUGUGGAGCGCCACGGACGGCGGUACAUGAUCCGCCCGCCGCCCUCUGAGCCAGACUCCGAGUACCCGUCCGAGGCCCGCAGUGUAACAGACAUUGUGGAGGAGCUGCCUGUGGUGCCCAGGAUGCCGGAGGUUACCAGUCAUGUGGUGGAUGAUCGUCACGUCUCCACCAUCACCGAAACUCACACCACCGAGGACAUUGAGCGCCAUCGACGCUUCAUCAAACAGUACCACAUAAAGCCCAAGGCACUGCCUCCACCCAAGUGGAACGUGGCCAUUCGUCACUACCCAGGACCCAAGUAUGCCGACGAAGUCGAAUCUUCAGGGCCUGAAUGGGAAGGUUACAGCGAGCCUGGCUCAGACGUGUUCCGCCAGCACAUGUUCCACGCUGACGAAGAUGACCUCACUCGCCUGGAGGUAGAAGCCCUAGAACAUCCUCUUCCACCCAACUGGAAUGUGCUUCUUCGUGUCCUGGAUCCGCCCCCGACACAGGAAGCCGUACAAUAUAUACUGACGAAAGAGGACCGUGAAAAGUGGCGUCAAAUCAUCUCCACAGAAUCUACCCUCCGCACCAUGCUCACAUACGCCACUGUGAAGGAGGACUACGAGCGUAUCCGUCACGACCAGAGGUACGAGACACUGUUUGAGCCUCGCAAGUGGGACGUUAUCAUCAGAAUCCUGUCCCCACCAGACAUCCAUGACCGCAUAGACUCGUCCUCUGAGGCUCCUUCAGUCUCCGACACUGAGAGCCUUCACUCCAAGGACGGCCGAAGGUACCGCAAGAACGACGCCCCGGCUGGACGACGACCAUCCCUACCACCACUAUACGAGUACGACUCUGAGGGUAACCCACUCAUCAUGCGUCGUCCUGGACCCCCCUCGGCUCGCUCACGACGUUCAUCCAAGUCGAGCAUACACUCCGGGAUAGAUGUUCGCUCCAUGACGGAAACUGAGGUCAACUUCACCCGCGCCGACACCUGGAGUGAGGCGAGCGGACCCAGCAUGGCCAGCGGACCCAGCGUGGCGAGUGGACCCAGCAUGGCUAGUGGUGCUCGUUCAAUAGCAGACCGCUCACAGCCAGAGAUCACCUACAACGUGCCUGUACUGCCCGACGAUGAGUACCCAGACACUGAUUUCGACGACAGGAUGUCAGCAAGGACUGGCAGGUCCUUGGCUCGAUCUGCUUCAGAGUUCACAGAGGACUGGCGGCACCAUGAGCCAGUUGACAGGUACUCCCACGUGUCAGGGUCGUCCUUAGACAGCAAGAGGCGGCAGCUGGAGCGAUCCACAACGGAGUACUUCGAGGAGCCGCCACACCUGAGUGACGUGAUGACCUCCCCUGACCACUCCCCCGACAACUCCCCAGGCCCAGUGGCCAGGUACCAACAUCAGUACCGCCAGUAUCAUCGCGACUACGACAACCAGCGGUUCGGCCAACAGUACGUGCAAGACGUAGAGGUGGUGGACGAUGGUUAUGUGGUGCACGCUGAACGACGUACACAUCAAGAGCGGCGAGUGGACCACCGCUCUGAUCGCUCCACACACUCGGGUCGUGAAGAGGUGUACUCUGUCGCCGAGACUGAGGUGUCAGGUUGGGCUCGCAAGCAUUAAAUGUCCUCGUGCCGAGCUCUAAGAUUCAAAUGCCUAAAUGCAUGGGCACUGAACUGCCAGGUCCCAGUAUAUGCUUUGCCGCUGCUGAGAACGCGCACAACACAGCUAGCGGAACAAAUAUUCCCUGGACAUGUAUAACACGGGGACGCUUAACAGAGGGCCACCGGCAGCAGAGGUUGACGUGUACAUGGGACACCAUCAGGCCGCACGACCUGAACCUAACUCUUCUCUGGUGAUACGAACACUAACUGCCUGAGGGCACAGUGUAUCAUGCUAAUAUAUUAACAAAUCAAACGCAUCUGGCACUGGAGUGGUAGACUAACUUCACAGGUUACGUGUGUUCAUAUAACUAGUGCUUGAAAGGACGCUAUUUUGUGUGGUCGAGGUCACUUAACCUGUGAGAUAAUCUAGCUACCGAGCAGGCUUGCCUCAGCUCGCAACAACUGCCUACUAAUACAAGUGAGAGACCAAAGCGGUGUUCUUAUCAUCCCCUCGCGCCUACGAUGUCGGCUCACUGCUACAAAUUAAAACAAACAGUCUCCCUGAUUUUUAGGAACCCCCAACCAUUAAUUCUAACUAAUAUCCCAUCAACUUACAAUCGUUUAUUUUAUUUUUGUUUAUAUUCAAAACCUUAAAAUAGCAGUGCACAGUCAGGCAGUGUUCCCACAGUUAUAAAUCCUAGUCACCGUGUGUUAAACUGACCAGACAGAUGUGAGGGGCCGCUAGGACCGCCGCUCGACACCCAACGGGAAACAACACCUGCACGAGCACGCUGUAGAACGUUUACUGACAUCCUCAACCAAGACUUAACUCCAGUCAAACGUGUAUAAGUAACAAAAAAUGGCAUGACGUCUUAGUAACUGGUAAUGAAUGGAAUGUAUGAGGAGGUUGAGGGUGAUUUUUGACUGGAUGAUAACACGUGAAUGGUAUAACGAUGACUGUAAGAUGAUAUCAAGACGGUAUGAUAACUGGUGACUGAGUGAAGGUGCAGGGAUCUUGUAAAUGAUAAAUCACUAGACUGUAUGAUGACUGGGGUGUGUCUAACUGUCGAGGAUAACGUCUGAUGAAAGGGAAAAUGACUGGGCAAAAAUCUUUAUGACUGGUGAGAGAGAAAGAGUGUAUGACUGGUAUUAACUGUAUGGUAGUAGGGUGAAGGGAGCGAAUGUGUCAAGAUGUUGCCCCGUGGUGGUAUACAGUUCUCUCACAACGCUCGGGAACAAGGGCUUCAGGGGUAAAGGGCUGGUAGAUGUUACUUCUCAGCCAAUCUAGCAAAUAAAAUGAUAUAGUGAAGUAUGUUAGUCUGAAAUUAACACAAAUGUCAUGAUACUAACAUUCACCAUUUUUUUUUUUUCUGUUGACAAGCUUCAAAGUAACAUAAUGAUUGAUUUAAAUUUUACAUUACUUUAUAUCUGAUUCAGGUACAAGCAGAUAAGGUUAUGCCAAAGCUUCUGUGUGCUUUCUUGUUAACAAAUUAUUGAACUUUGGAUGUUUUAGGGAAAUAAUUAUGGAUAGGUCGAGUUUAUAUUGUUUCAACCAAUCAGAGGGCUCUUUAUCGGAAUGACGUCAUGGUUUACCAGCCAAUAAAACGACCGAUAUGAUAAUUUAUUUUCCCGAAUAUAUCCAUUGUCAAGAUUUAUUUAGGGCAGGUAAAAAAUAUCAUUGUAAUAAGUUCGUAUAUUUUAACUAACUUUUUAUAAGCUAUAUUUUUCGAUGUUUAAGCAGAGGAGAGUAGAGGAAAGAGACGUUAUCAUGAGUUAGAAAAAGUAAACAACAAAGUGAUCUUACCUUCAAAAUAUUUAGAUACGUUUUCACUUGAUUAAUAUAACAUUCAAAUGUAAUUAUCACUUACUAAAUGGUCAUUACUUCACUGAUGUCAUAAUAAAAUAAUAAAAUUCAUGUUAAUAAUAGCAAAGAAUGUUUAAUAAGUGAAAAUAGAGACGAAAUAGUAAGCCGUUUACUCUCUUUAAUCCAACUAACUUUUUAUAAAUCUCCUGAAAAAAAUCCUGCCCUAAUGAAGUAGUUUAGAUGUACAAUAACAACUCUGAGACAUAACCUGGGUAAUUCUCUUUCGUAAAUCAUAAAAAAAAUAUCAGUGGGAAGACAAUAAUAGACUUUACUUCACAUGUACCCAGUGGUCAGAGUUGUUUAUUAUACAAAAUCCACACACACAUCUACACGACCAAAUUCUGGAGCUCAAUUUACUUCCCCAAACUAUUUAAAAAUGUAAAUUAAUAUCCUUAAACCUUUCUCCAUAACCAACUAGAAGGAAGAGAACGGAUAAACUAAGAAAUUAUAUACUGUAUAUGUCGUCAAAAUCAGUGUUAACAAAAAAGUUAUUAAUGAAUUGAUAUCACAACUCCUACAGCUUGAAGAAUUUGGUCUGUUAAUAAUGAAUCCGUUUCAUGAUCCAACGAGGAAGCUUCAUGAACCUGAUUUAUGAUGAGUGAACCAGAUUUAUGGAUAGGUAUUAUGAACCGGCUUCAUGAACCAGCCACCUGACACAUGAGGCGGAGGGUGAUGACAUACCAGCUGGGCUCGCACAUGUACCUGAUCAGAGUAAAAUUCUCAUCAUUUAACGAAACCAAACAUGAAGAAAGCAUAGUAAACACAUUGUGUAUUAAUGCUUUAAAUACAGGCCAUAAUAGUUUCUAAUGAUA